AUAAAAAUGGGGUCGAUAUUUUCUGCAAAUGCCACUCAUAUCAAUGCUAUAAAUAGGACAAGAGUAGUAUUACCCCUCAUCAGCACCAAAAACUAGUGUUUAAUUUCCAGAGUUCUCAUAUAUACUCAUUUUAAGUUUUCAUUUUGUUCAAAAAUGGUGGUAAUUGUGAGCGAAAACACAUCACCAUUUCUUCCUAGCAGGAUUCUAGCAAUUGAAGCUAGGCCUGUAAUUAGCUUCUGUAGUAUGAAUCAAGAAUCUGAAAGUGAUGAUGAUGAUGACAUCGAUGAUGGAGCAAAAGUGGCACCCGCCGCAUAAUAUUUGCAUGGGUAAUUUAUCGUUCAGAUCAUACAUCUAAUUAGAAAUUAUUUUUUUUGUCCAAAAAGAAAAAAAAAAAAUUGCUCUCACCAUAAAUUAUUCCUUAAGAAAAUUGGGUUAGGGAGGGACUUGUUACCUCCUUAGAAUUAGUAGGAACCCCUAUUUAGUCUUAAAGGGGAGACUUACGCAACCGUAAAGUUGUCUCUUUGUGAUCUAUAGAUUAUGAGUUCGAAUCGUUGAAUCAGCCACUCAUAUUUGUAUUAGGGUAGGCUACCUACAUCACUCCCUUUGGGUAUGAUUUUUCUCUGGACCUUGCGUGAACGCGGAAUACUUCGUGCACCGGACUGUUCUUUUUUUUUUUUAAUUUAGUCUUAAAGUCUUUAUUGGAGUAAUUAAUAGUGAUGUGAAUGUAUGAGGAUAUCUCAAUUUCCUAUUCCUAGAGCUAGCAAGUUUAUGCAUGUAGUGAAAUUAAACGACAUCUAAUUAAAGAAGUGCUUUGUCUCUACUUCGUUUAGUUGCAAAAAUUUCCAUUUGUUGUCUUCUUUUUUUCUUGUAUCAGUAAGUAGAACCACUUUUUUAUUAUCUUGGAGCUAUUAUACAUUUGGAAUUAAAUAUCAUAAGAGAUUGAAUAAUCUAUGACACAACUUCCAAUGGUGGUUUAAUGCCUUCCUCAUUGACGUCAGCGUCACAUGAGCCUAUCUGACCUAAAUAGCACGGUUAAGUCCAAGAAGAACACGACCGUCAUGGGUGGUUUUGAGUAUGGGAAGUAAGUUCAUUCCAAGAAAUGAGGAACUUCAAAAAUUAAUCUACGUUUAUACUUCAACCUUCAUUUGGAACCACCAAUUUAAUUAUUUCUUGAAACAUUAAAUUAAACUUAUAAUUUGAGGGAAAUUAGUAUUUGUGUUCUCAUGUUUUAGAAUAGAAUUGCUACAUUUGUGGACUACUUUAAACUUUCCAAUUUCCCUUUCCUUUAAUUUCUAACAAAUCCAUUUCAAGAAAACCCACACAAAAAGACAAGGAAAAAAAAAAUCAUGAAAAAAGAGGAGAAAAACGAGAGAAUAUAUAUAUUAAAAGAGGCAAUGAAUCUACCUGAAGAUGUAAUUUUCGAGAUUUUGACAAGACUGCCUGUGUCUUCUUUGAUUAGGUUCAAAUGUGUCUGCAAAUUAUGGUAUUCUCUGAUCAAAAACCCUAAUUUCAUAUCAAAGCAUUUACAUAAUCUUAGCAGCAAAAAAAAUUACGUUCGUUUGUUAAUUAGUCGCCGCGGAAAUAUUACAAAUAAAAGGGUGGUCUCAUUAUCCAUAAAUGACACAUUUGAUGUGUUUAUUAAUCAAGAUUUUCCAUCAUAUUUCAAUGAUAAAUUUGGUCACGUUAGACUUAUUGGUCCAUGUAAUGGAAUUGUUUGUUUAUGUGGAUAUCUAGAUAAUAUUGUUAUAUGGAAUCCUUCAAUUAGAGAUUACAAAAUAUUGCCUCAAUCACAAAUUCAACGUCUAGUUGGUUCAACAGUACGUGGAAGUGAUUUUGGAUUAGGGUUUGAUUCCAAAAGAAAUGAUUAUAAGGUAAUACAAAUUUUAUUUUGUCUUUCAAAUGAUCGUGUUGUUGUUUAUCAAGUUGAGAUAUAUUCAUUAAAUGAAAAUUCUUGGAAAAAGUAUAAUGGAAUUGUGCCAGCUAAAAUAAAGUAUGGUAAUAUUUCUUGGAGUAUGAUAUAUAAAAAUGAGAUUUUUUGUUGGUUAGCUCAAAAUGGUGAUAAUAAUGAGGUAAUUCUUUCAUUUAAUAUGAGUGAAGAGACUUUUGAAAAUACACCAUUACCAUCAAAUAUUGGAGUUUUUGGGGAGCAAGAAAUUAGAAAUAUUUGGGUUAUUGUACCAUUAAAUGAGUCAAUUUCUCUUAUUGUUUAUUGUUUGAAACAAGUGGAGAAAUAUUUUGAUAUUUGGGUGAUAAAUGAAUUGGGAUUAAACAAUUGUUGGACUAAAUUGCAAAGAAUUGGCCCUCUUUCUAGGGUUGAGAGGCCUUUAGGGUUUUGGAAAAAUGGUGAGUUUAUUUUGGAAAAUAGCAAUGGACAAUUAGUGAUUUAUGAUCCUGCAAAUCAAGAAUUGAAGACACUUGGCUUUUAUGGAAAAAGAGACAGACUUGAGUUGGUUGUUUAUAAGGAGAGUUUAGUUUCAGUCAAUUGAUAAUUGUAAAGCUAUGUGAAAAAUAGCAAAGACAAAUUCAAAAUCUAGAGUUAGUUAGUUUAGGUUUUUCUUUUUUUUUUUUUUUCUUACUUGUGUACAUAUUCGAGAAAGUAGUGAAUUCAGUCGAACCAGCAUGACAUGUCCUCAAUUCGCCUGUGAAAUAGUAUAGGCUGCAUUGUUUUCUAAACCCUUGUAGUUGAUGUGAAAGUAACUUCUUCUUGUACAUAUCAGGUAAAUGAAUAAAAAAAGUGAGAAAAGAAAGACACAUUAUUUUUAACUUUA